CGGGAGGAGGAGAGAAGAGCGGGGCCGGUGGCUCACCAGGAUCCGCUUGAAGAGGUGGUGGAAAAAUAAGAAAAAAAAUGAAACCUUUCCAAAAGGUCUGUCUUUUCAAGAGCCUGCUUGCUAAUUGCUGCUGUCACAGCCAACUUGACAGCUGUCUUCUCUCUCCUGUUGCAAAGAAGAUAGGGUGCAUGGUGGGACUGCACAGCCAUGGAUUUUGGAGGCCAAAGCCUUUAUUGGACACAGCUCGAUUCACUCUGUCUUUGAACAGUCAGCACAGGAAAAAACAUCAGAAUUCUCAAACUUUGUGGAAGCAUGAGGCUGUGCAGAAGUAUCUGGAGACUCUAAGCAAGGAAUACCAGCAGGUUAGUCGUCAGUUAACUGCAGACUCAUUAAAUGACUUUGAGCAAAGAACCCUGAGGAGAAGGUGUGCUGAUCUCUCCCCCAUUGCAGCUGCGUUUCAAGAAAUCAAAGAGGCUGAAAGAGAAGUUCAGGAAUUAGAAGCGAUGUGCACAGAGCUAGACAGCAGAGAUGAGAAUCAACUUCUAGAGCUUGCCUUAGAAGAGAAGGAAAGCCUGGAUAAAAAAAUGAACAUGUUGUGCAGAAAGCUUUUCCAGCUUCUAGUGCCAAAGGAAAAAUAUGAUAGAAGUCCUGUCAUAUUAGAAGUGACAGCUGGCAGAACAACUGGAGGGGACAUCUGCCAACAGUUCACUAAAGAAAUGUUUGAGAUGUACCAGAGCUAUGCCGACUACAAACAUUGGACCUUUGACAUAAUGAACUAUACGCCAGCUGAGAUAGGAGGCUUGCAUCAUGCUGCUGCUCAUAUUUCAGGAGAGAAUGUCUACAGGCAUCUGAAAUAUGAAGGAGGAACUCACCGAGUCCAGCGAAUCCCUGAGACAGGCAUGUCAUCAAGGAUGCAGCGUAUUCACACUGGGACAAUGUCAGUCAUUGUCCUCCCUCAGCCAGAGGAGGUUGAUGUAAAAGUGGAUCCCAAAGAUUUGCGUAUAGAUACAUUCAGAGCCAGAGGAGCAGGAGGGCAACAUGUUAACAAAACUGAUAGUGCUGUGAGGAUUGUGCAUCUUCCUACAGGCCUGGCAGUUGAGUGCCAGCAGGAGCGGUCGCAGCAGAUGAACAAGGAAAUAGCUCUGCGGACACUGAGAGCUAAGCUGUACCAGCAGGUCAUUGAAAAGCAGCUCAGCCAAGAGCAGAGCGCCAGGAAGCUGCAGUUAGGAACAAGAGCUCAGUCAGAGAGAAUUCGUACUUACAACUUCACCCAGGACAGAGUCACUGACCACAGGAUCUCAUAUGAUGCACGCAAUAUCAAGGAAAUUCUAAGUGGGAAAGAAGCACUGGAUAAACUGAUCAACAGACUGCUGGAGUUUGCAGAGAUAGAGGCUGUCACCCAAUAUCUAGAAAAUUUGCAGGCUUUAGAAGGAGGAGGCUGAAGAGCUCAGGUAGAAUUAAAACAGAAUUGUUGUGUUUCAUAGCCAAAAAAACCAGAUGUGUUUGUUAGAUGAUAUGUUGAUUAAAAGCUAUUUUUCUGUUUUUCA